AUGGAAGACCAACCUCCGAGGUACUCCAUGCUGGAGGCCGCUGGCUGGUCAGAUGAAUCUUGGUUUCAGAAAGGAGGCAAUGUCAACGACGAUGGUCGCAUUGAGGUCGACCUUGACUCCAAGGUCUGUAGGACUGUCGCAAAGCUAAUUCCGAUCCCACACGAGGAGCAAAUACCCGCGUCGGUCUCGGAUUAUACAGAGCCUGUCACCUGUGAUGUUCAGUUAAACAUUGUUAUCCAGGUCGUUGGAAGUCGAGGCGAUGUCCAGCCCUUUAUUGCACUGGGUAAUGAGCUUCAACUCUAUGGCCAUCGUGUAAGACUGGCGACUCACCCAGUAUUCGAGUCUUUCGUUCUUCAAUCUGGUCUAGAAUUCUAUCCUAUCGGAGGUGACCCGUCCGAGCUUAUGGCCUAUAUGGUUAAAAACCCGGGCUUGAUACCUCAAAUGAAAAGUUUGCGAAGCGGAGAGAUUCAACGCAAGCGGGCUAUGGUGGCCGAAAUGCUGCAGGGUUGUUGGGAUUCAUGCAUCAGUGAUGAUCCAAUCAGCAAAGCGCCUUUUGUCGCUGACGCUAUCAUCGCCAACCCACCCAGCUUUGCCCACGUUCACUGUGCGCAAGCCUUGUCCAUUCCCUUGCACCUCAUGUUCACUAUGCCAUGGAGCAGCACACGUGCUUUUCCGCAUCCGUUGGCAAAUCUCAAGUACUCAACUACGGAGCCGAAAAUGGCCAAUUACAUAUCCUACGGUGUUGUUGAAUGGAUGACAUGGCAAGGACUUGGUGAUGUCAUUAAUGAAUGGAGAUCCUCGCUUGGCUUGGAGCCUAUACCGGGGACGGAAGGGCCAUGUCUGGCUGAGACUCUGAAAGUGCCUUUCACUUACUGUUGGUCUCCAAGUCUUAUGCCGAAACCAUCAGACUGGACAUCAAACAUAGAUGUCUGUGGUUUCUUCUUUCGUGCGCUCCCAGACUAUACACCACCCCCUGAUCUCAAUUCAUUUCUUCGAAACGGUAGCCCUCCAGUUUACAUUGGCUUUGGCAGCAUUGUAAUCGAAGAUCCGGUUGCUAUGACGAAUAUGAUCCUCCAUGCUGUCAAAUCACUUGGUAUUCGCGCAAUCAUAUCUCGUGGUUGGAGUAACAUUGGAGAAGCUUCAUCCAAUGAUCAGGUUUUCUAUCUUGGGGACUGCCCGCACGAAUGGCUCUUCCAACACGUCGCCGCUGUUGUCCAUCAUGGAGGUGCAGGGACCACGGCAUGUGGCCUACGUUUUGGAAGAACUACUACUAUCAUUCCGUUCUUUGGAGAUCAACUAUUCUGGGGUAACUUGGUCGCGUCUUGUGGACUAGGACCUCGGCCCAUUCCCUAUCGGUCUCUGACUUCACAGAAUUUGGCGGAAGCUAUUCAAUUCUGUUUGCAACCUGACGCGCAGUCUGCAGCUCAUGAUGUCGCAAGCCGAAUGAGCCACGAGAAUGGCGUUGCCGCCGCAGUUGCCUCGUUCCAUCAUAAUUUACCGGUGAAUGAUAUGCAAUGCAAUGCUCUUCCUUCAGAACCAGCGGUGUGGCAGUUCAGGAAAUCUUCCAAGCGCUCAAUCCAUCUAUCGAAAAUUGCCGCCGAGGUUCUAAUCGAACAUCAUCGUUUAAAAUACGAUGAUCUUCAACCUUACCUUGUUCAACCAAUUUUCAUUCAAAAUCGGCGAUGGGAUCCAGUCACAGGCACAGCUUCCUCGUUGAUAGGUACUGGCACUGACAUGCUGAAAGCGACAGGUGAUAUUGUUUACAAACCAUACCAGCAAUUUCGUCGUGUCCCCAAAAGCCAACCAGAGCUUGCUGUUCCAUCUCCGUCUGGCUCUCGAUCCCCUAGCAUUGCUUCUUCAACAGACGCAUCUUCUCUGCCCGUUUCCAGUGUGAAAAAGUCUUCGAAACUUAAGUCUACAGGCGUCGCAAUAGAGGGCUCCGCAAAAAGUUUAGGAAAGGUUGUUGGCUACUGGUACAAAGGCAUGCUCAUAGACAUGCCUCUGGCAGUGAGUGAUGGUCUCAGAGCUGUACCCCGGCUAUACGGCGAUGAAGUCAGAGAUCACGGAACCGUUCGGGAUUGGAAAUCUGGAGCUACUUUUGCAGGGAAGAACUUUGUUCAUGGGAUGGCAGACGGCUUCAGCGACAUCUUCACUCAGCCUUACAAAGGUGGUCAGGAAGAAGGGGCAAAGGGUGUGGUGAAGGGACUAGCCAAGGGGACUCUUGGCGUGACGACCAAAGUUUCAUCUGCCGCGCUAGGUUUGGUGGCUUAUCCUGCCCAUGGAAUGAUGAAAAGCCUGUAUACUGCAACGCACUCCAAAACACGGAAGCGCAUUCUCCAGGCGCGAAUUCAAGAAGGAAGGUACCUAGCAGAACACUCAAGCAAAGGUCGGAAAAACUACCAAACGAUCAUUCGAAACUUCGAGGCCGCCUACCGCAAGACUGUCGAUAAGACUGUCGAUUCUACCAGCUCAUCAUUUAACUGA